UUAUCAUUACAUACCGUCUAAUAUGUCUGCGUUACCAUAAUGUUCGUCUGGUUUGGAACUAGCUUUUGGUCGUCGUUUUACUUUAUAUUUAAGUUUGGUUCGAUUAACAAAUUAGAGAAUGAUCAAAAAGAUAUGAUACACAUAGUUGAAGACCAAGUUUCUAUUUUAAGGAGCACAAUAACAAAUUUAAAUGAAACCAUAACAACAUUUAAUGACAAUAAAUUAUUAUUUGAUAAAAAUAUGAAAAAAAUUGAAAACACUAUUAACACCAUGAGUAUUGAAUUAACAGACGAAAAUAAACAAAUUAUUAUUCUAAGAUUAAUAUCCCUGAUUGAAAAUAAUAUUAGUGAAUUAGAUAUAUUUGUAACGAGGUUACAAAGAAUAAUUUCAAACGUUCAAACGAAUAAAUUGGAUGUUUUUAUAAUUACACCAGAUCAGUUUUUGUCGGAAAUAAAACGAAUGGAAAAUAUCCUGCCGGAAAAUUUACAAUUCCCUAUAAAAUUUAAUGAAGAUAAUAUACAAGAAAUAUACAAAAUAUUACACAUAGACCUUCACCCAAUGAACGAUAGACUAAUAUUUUCAAUAAAAAUUCCAUUAUGUAUCAUCGACAUUUUCAAAUUAUAUUAUAUUCUACCGAUAUAUGUUCCAAUCAAUGAAUUAGGACAAUUUAUACAUAUGACUGAAAAUCCAAUGUACUUAAUAACAGACGAUUUGGUGACAAAUUAUUUUAUUUGGUCUAAUAUCAAUAACUGUGUAAAAGUUGCUAACACUUUUGUUUGUGGUUUUAAUGAAAUCAUACACAAUAGUGUUACUGAUCCCAUUUGUGUAACAGAAAUAUUAAAAAAUUCUAUAGCCAAACCUACCCAAUGUGAUACUUAUAUCACUGAAUUUAAAAAAGAGUUAUGGUACCCAUCAUAUUUCAAAAAUAAUUGGUACUUUGUAUGUGUAAAGCCUACUAUAAUCACGAUAAUUUGUAAUAAACGAUCUUUUAUUCAUAGGCUAACAUUAAAAAGUUCUGGUAAAUUAUUCCUGAAAGCUGGUUGUCUUGCUCAAACGACUCAGGGCGUUAUAAUAACAGAACAAAUAUUAGAAUCGUCAUUUGUAACACAACCUUUAGAGUUAAGCCUUUUAAAUGAUUCGUGCUGUCAGUGCCCUAUUAAUCGACUAUAUCCGAAACCCAUUCAUUUAGAUGAAAUUAAAAAUUAAAAAUUUGAUAAAGAGUCUUUCGAUAAAAUAAACGCAAAAUUAGAUCAACAAGAAAAAUUAUUAAAUUCACUUACAUUAGAAAAAACCUAUGAAUUUGUAAAUACAAAUAAAUAUUUGAUUACGAUAAUAGCUGUUAUAUUAUUAUACUUAAGUACUUAUUAAAAAUAAAAAAAAUUUUAUCAACAAUAAAUUAUUAUACAAAAAAUAUUC